UGAUGGGUUUCACUGGGGAGCAAGAGAACCUGGUUGUCAUCCAGUGUAACUCUGUAUAUGAGCACAGAGCACCCUGGGUGUAUGCCUUCAUGUUGAUUAAAGAAGAAGGCAAACUUGACCAGAUCACAGCCAGUCCAUUCCAGUGUCCAGGUCACAUACACAAACUGCUGAAUGAUGGGAGAAUACUCACUGCCACGGCAACCAAGGAGUUGAUAUUAUGGGAUGUUAGAAAACAGGUGCAGUGUGGCAAGCUAUAUGACCCAGACUUGGUGAGAUCCACUCCUCCUAGCAAGACAGGGAUACUUCCUCCAAAGACCCCACCCAUGCCAGCUCAUAUUGAUGACAUAACUUAUAUUACUGUGUCCCCUGAUGGAAGUCACCUUGUGUCAGGCUCUCAUGACAAGGCGGUCAAACUGUGGAACCUGACCACAGGGACACUGGUCAAGACUUUCCUGGGGCAUAGGGCAAAGAUAACAUGUCUGGACAUCUCUGAGGACAACCAGAUGAUUGCUUCAGGCUCCUCCGACCAGACCAUUAUGCUGUGGAAUCUCAACUAUAACAUUGGCGGAGGGGGUCUGAUCACACCCCUCAACCAUUUCUAUGCACAUGCCUCCAUUGUGCAGGUGAAGCUCUCACAGGGAGGGAAAUAUGUGGUUGCAGUGGUGGAUGACAAGUUGAGAAAACUGGUGUUUCUGAAACUUGAAAAUUGGGAAGUGAAGGAAGACUAGUAUGGGGACCUCUUGUGACUUUAAAACUGAUAUAAAUGAGCAAGAGGAUACGUUCUGAGUUAAGAUAUGUUGAAAAGUUAAUAGGAGGCAUCCAGACAAUGAA